AAAAGGUAUCAAAGCUUUUGUAACAGCGUUUGCAAAUCAAAGCUGAAUUGUGGAAUAAUUACAGGAGUAAUUUGAGUACCUGAAAAAUAACUGACGAUGGUGGUGUUACAAAUGGUACUGCUGCUCUGUGCUGGGAGUUCACUUGCAACAGAUUCAUGUUCACCAAAUGUGAACAUAUAUGCUGAGCUUGAGAAACUGAAAAACAUGGAUGAAAGGAUACAAAAAUUAGAAGAAACACUGGCCAAAGUAUUGAGUGAGAAUGAAGCUUUGAAAACCAUAGUACAAGAUUCACAAAAUAAGCUUAAAUCUGUCCAAAAGGAGAAUGAAGCCAAAAAGGUUGCCUUUUCUGCUGGACUUCUGGAAUCUGGAACAGGACACACUGGGCCCAUUAAUACUCCGAAAACUCUGGUCUACAAAAAAGUCUUCAGUAAUAUUGGAGGUGCCUAUGACCCAAAUACUGGUGUUUUCACAGCACCAGUGAAAGGAGCCUAUUACUUAAGAUUUUACGGUCAUAGUCAUGGUGGACCAAAUAUGGCAGUCAGUCUCUUGAAGAAUGGUAAAACCCAGUGCUCAGUGUUUGCUUGGAAGCCUACCUCCAAUGGUAAUGCCAGCAAUGGUGUUGUUCUCACACUGGAGACCGGUGAUCAAAUUUCUACACAACUUUGGCAGAACACCUGGGUUUUUGAUGAUCCAGCAAGUUACACCAGUUUCGGUGGUUUUCUGAUUUUCCCCCUGUGAAUGUCUAAAUCUUAUUUAACCCAUAUCUAGUGCAGAAUGCAAUAUGAAACAAUUAUUUUAUGGAACUUAAUUGAUCCUGUGUGAAAGAUCUAAAAAU